AUGGAUGAUUUGUGGAAUGAAGCAUGGGAUUCUUUGAUUCAAGAGGUGCAGAGGGAAGCCGACGAGGAGGAUGAGGCGGCGGCGGCGAUCCCUCGUGAGAUUCGUCAUCUUCGGACACUUCCACGAGACCAUGUCGGAGCGGCUGAGCGGCUUAUGGCAGACUACUUUAGCGCUAACCCCCGUUACCCAGCUGAGAUUUUCCGUCGGCGUUUCAGAAUGUCGCGACCGCUCUUCACCCAUAUAGCGACGACAUUGGCGGACCGUUUUGUAAGGGCAUGCGGGAAGUCUUUUAGUCCGGAGUUCCUACGAAAGCCAACCUCUGAUAAGUGCCAGAGACUGCUUGAUAUGCACGGUGCGGUGCACAGUUUCCCAGGGAUGAUGGGCAACAUUGAAUGCAUGCAUUGGGAGUGGAAAAACUGUCCGGUGGCGUGGAAAGGCCAGUUCACUACUGGUUUCAAAAGCAAACAUCCUUCGAUGAUCCUGGAAGCCGUUGCUGACUAUUGUUUGCGGAUCUGGCAUGCGUAUUUUGGUGUUGCAGGUUCGAAUAACGACAUCAACAUUCUGCAGUCGUCGCCUCUCUUUAAUGAUAAGUGCCGGAGAGAGGGUCCAGAGAUCAGUUUCGUAACAAACGGCACGCAGUAUCGCAUGGGAUACUAUUUGGCAGAUGGAAUAUACCCUCGUUGGUCCGUAUUCGUCAAGACACUUCGCCAACCGGCUGGAGCGAGGAGACAAUAUUUUGCGCGAAAACAAGAGGCCGCUAGGAAAGAUGUUGAGCGAGCUUUUGGUGUGCUCCAAUCGCGAUGGGCCAUUAUACGCUGCCCGGCACGAGUUUGGCACGAAGAUGAUGUCGCGAAUAUUAUGUUAGCGUGUAUCAUAUUGCACAAUAUGAUAAUAGAAGAUGAAGGAUUUGCUGCAGAACGUUGGGCACCGGAAGAUGGUGCAAGUACAAGUCACGGCGUUGCCACCGCGCCGAUACAGAUGGGUGUACCACAUAGUAAUGAAUAUCUGAUCCAACGUCUCGCUGAUAUACGCAUGAGCACAUCACAUGACCAACUCCAGGUCGAUUUGAUUGAAGAGGUCUGGGCUCGUAGGGGAGGCGGCGUAGCGUGA